AUGGCGGUGCUCCGGGCGCCGACGGUGCUCGGCGUGCUCGGCGUGCUGGCCGUGCUGGCGGCGCCGGCCGCCGCGGGACCGACAGAUGAUCGACCUUCCAGUCUGGCAGCGCUGCUUAUCCGUCGAAAAGCGGGCUGCGCGUACGGCGGCCAGCUAUACGAGCCGGGCGCCGUCAUCAAGUCGACGGAGCCGUGUCUCAACUGCACGUGCCACCCGACCUCGCUGACCAUCACGUGCCACCUGCGCGUGUGCCCGACGUACCCCGUGCCGCCGCCGCCCGGCUGCUUCCUGGUCACCCGCAACGGUCGCUGCUGCUCGGAGCUGAUUUGUGACACCGACAUCAACGUCGUCAGAAGAGCUCAGCGCAAAGACAAUAACGACGAAGCUGCGGUCAACUCGACAGCGAACUUCGACUUCCCUCCAGCGUUGGCGGGUGAAGAAGGCAGCUGCUCGAUAGAGGGCACUGUGUACGCGGACGGCUCGGCUAUGCUCACCUCGUCGAGCUGCGAGUACUGUUUCUGCAUCCGCGGCCAGCAGCGCUGCGUGCAGCCACGCUGCAUGCUGUCCGAGGCCGGCUGUCAGCCCCGGUACCGCGCGCUCGAUGCCUGCUGUCCCACCGAUUACGACUGCAAAACUCCUACUACAAGUACAACCACCACCACCACCAGCACCACCACAACUGAGAAGCCUUCACAAGACUGCGAAGUCAACGGCAAAACGCACGCGGAGGGGUCGCGUAUCGUUGAUAUGACCAGCCCGUGCCGCUCCUGCUUCUGCCUGCGCGGCAACGUGCGCUGUGCGCCCGUCCAGUGCUCGCCGGCUCUCGAGGGGUGCGCGCCCAUCAUGGAGCCGGCGAAGUGCUGUCCGGUCUCCUACAACUGCUCGGCGCCGGCCGUGGCCAGGGCUCGGUCGGCUCCUGCGUACGAUAACGCCGGCGGCGGUGACUCGAUCUCCGAGCCCCCGGAGUCGGCGGAGCCUGCUGCCUCCCGGCCGGUCAACUUCGCCCGAUCGGCCCAGCCGGCAGUCGCGGAGGGCGCGGUGGGCCACGGCUCAGUGGUGGCGGUCGACUACGGCGCGGUGUUUCCGGCACCGCCGGCCCGCAUCCAGCCGGCAGCCCCGCGCCGCCGCGCGCCGCCCAUCUUCCAGGUGCACGUGAAGAGCGGAGGCAUCAAGGUGUCCGGUCCGGCGCUGCGCGGUCACCACCAGGAGUACACCCCCGGCCUGCUCACCGUCCGCGACCUGGAGGUCAACAGCAACGAGAUCAGCGCCCGCAAGCGCCAGCUGAAGGCCGACGAUCCGGCGGAGGAGGAGGAGGUGUUCCUCGCCCUCAAUUCAGCCCAGGAGGCGGGUCCUCCCACCACUGGUGGUGGUGAGGAGGAGGGAAUGGAGACGGAGGGAAGCAAGCAGGCGCUGGAGGAGGAUGUCGGUGCUGCAGAGGGAGGCGGCGGUGAAGGAUCGGGAGCAGAGCCGGAGGAUCCCGCUGGCUCGGCACCGAAGGAGGCCGUCUCCGUCACCGGCGCGUUCGCGGGCUUCGCCGCGCAGGCCAUCCCGAUCCUGGCCGACUCUGAGGACGAGAGGCGGAUAGAGAACGCGUUGGCGGCGGCGGAGGAGGAGAGGGAGCUGGAGCAGGAGGGCUCCGGCCGACCGGACCAGGACCCGCGUCAAGAUGCGGCCGUGCAAAAUAUCAUGAAGGCCGUGCUCAGCGAGAUUGAGUCCCACCAGAAGGUAGUCUUGACCGAUGGCGUGCACGACAUUAGUUUGGCACAAGACGACGCUGCUGACAUGUCCACGAUGCAUGAGAACGACGUCGGAGAACAAGCCAAGGAAGUCGUGGCAACUUUGGCAGAUAUAACCACUACCACAGCACCGCAGCCUACUACACUGACUGAAAGCCCACAUGUGCCCAUGGAAAAAGAGGCGGAAGCUCCAGUGUCCUCUGUGCCGGCUUUAUCCCCAACUGACGCUUCACCGGAAGAGGAGGUCGUGGAGGACAUGGAGCCCGCUGGCGAAUUGACGGUCGGCAGUUUACCUGAGAUGUCGGAAAGCAUCGCAUCUGGAGCAAGCACGAUGUUCGAGGGCACGAAAUCUGAGCCGGCCCCCAUCAUGGCGAGCCCAUCUGUGAUUGAUUCCACAGAAGAUAGUACACAGUCAGGAUUUGAAGCCAUGGCAUUACCAGCUGAAGGCGACAUGAACGUGAUGCCAGACUCUGAGUUGAUAUCUGGAAUGGGGCAGAUGCUGGAGGGUAGCGGGCUCGAACCAGACUUGACGACGGACAGCCCUGCAGCAGAGGUGGACUCAGUUCCAGACAGAGCCCCACCCGGUUCGGAUUCGGUCCCAUCGGAAACUGUUCCAGAAAUCGAUGACAGCGCGGCGGAGGUCCGAACGGAAGAGGAAGGUGCCAAGGCCGAUAGCGACGCCGACUCGUCCGUGGCAAACCCAAUGAGUGGAACUAGCACGCAGCAAACAACAACGGGAGAGGCAACAACGGAAGGCCCGGCGCCGCGGCCGACCUUCACCCGACGUCCGUCCAGACCAGGACUCGGCUUUCUCGCCGUUCUUGACCUGCUGACCAGGAGGCGACAGAGGCCCAGGGGCACCGCUCGACCCAGCGCGGCACCCGCUCCAGCGACAGAAGAGCUCGACCGGCUGGAGCUGGCGACUUCUACAGCACCGACACCGACCAGCUCGGCUGAGUUAUCAAGCAAGGUGCCUGGUGAGCUAGACCGCUCAAAACCUGGAGAUGUGCCGAGCGAGAGUGCCGACCAAGGAAGCCCUGCGACCGCCGAGGGACCGGAGCAAGAGGUACGAGAGGAGGGCGACGCUGCUUCUCCUGACGUGACUUCGCCGCCGUCUACGACCGUUUCGGCGACGAUAGUGACCGAAGAAGCUGAGGUCUUGACCACGCCGGAGCCGGAGCCGACCACGGCCAAGGAGCGACUGGCACUGGACGUCCUGGGGCACGCCGAGCUGGAGAAGCCGGAGCUGCCGCCGGCUCUUCCCAACCUCAGGAUCAUACCGUUCGUAGCAGCGGAUGCUGUCGUAAACCGGUACACGGACGAGUUAGCCGUGGAGAAAAUCAGCAACCGGUACGGCCUGAGUGCCAUCGACAACCCCGAAGAGCAGAGCGCAGACCCAGACUCGUGCGUGAUCGAGUCGCGCCGGUACUCCAACGGCGAGCAGGUGUACCGUCCGGACGAGCCGUGCCUGGUGUGCCGGUGCUACUACGGCCGCGUGCUCUGCCAGAGCACAGAGUGUCCGGUCGUGCCGCCCGCCUGCCGGGCCGCACCGCGCCGCGGCUUCUGCUGCCCGGAGCUCGUCUGCGACGACGAAGAAUUCCGUGAGGAGCCCAAAUUCAAGCCUCCAACGUUCCUAACCCCAACCACCAGGCCAUCACCCUCAACCUCUACCCGAACCACCCCGAAGCCAACCACCCAGACCAGCCUCAGCGCGAUUCUGCGCAACCGGAUCCGGCCCAAGCCAGCGCGCGUGCCGUCCUCUUCCGCCGCCACCACGACCGAGGCGGCGCCGCGGCCGUCCUCCGUCGCCGCCACCACGCCGCGGCCCGUGCCGCCGCCGCCGUCCGUCUCGCUCGACAACCUGGCUUUCACACGCGGCGGCGGCGUUUCCGUGCCGGCAUCCGUGCCGGACGCGCUGGUCGGCAACAAGCCCUCCCGGCGACCGAUCUUGCCGCUCUUCAGCCGUCCCGACCGCGUCAAGUACCGGCCGCGGCCCCGGCCCCGGCCGCGGCCGCGGCCGCGCCCCCGGCCGGCCUCGACGGAGGCGCCAGUGACCCCGCCGCCGACCAAGCGCCCGCCGCCGCCGCCCGCUCCAGCCGCCCCGGCUGAAGAGACGAACGACCUCUCCACCGGCGGUGACCCAUUCUCAUUCUUUGGUGCGCUGAAGCUGUCCGGCUGCAACAUUUUUGGGCGCAUGUACCGCCUGAACACGGUGAUCAAGGAGCUGUCAGACGAGUGUACUCUAUGCCAGUGCACUCCUGCCGGCGUCAGCUGCUCACCGCCGCGCUGCUAGCGGCUGGAGCCGGAGCCGGAACCGGAGCCGGAGCCCAAGUCGGUGCCGGAGCCGUAGCCGGAGCCGGAGCCGCGGCGGCAGCGAGUGUGAUCCGAAAUUGUUGUGGAGCACAGAAUCGGAUCUGGAACCGUAGCCGGAGCCGGAGGUUGAGGUGGAGCCGAAAUCGGAGUCAGCGCCGGAGCCGGAGCCGGAGCUGGAGCCGGAGAACCGGAGCCGGAGCCGAAGUCGGAAAGUUGCGGAACACAGAAUCGGAUCUGGAACCGUAGCCGGAGCCGGAGCUUGAGGCGGCGCCGAAAUCGGAGCCAGUGCCGGAGCCGGAGCCGGAGCCGGAGCCGGAGCCGGAGCCGGAGCGGAGCCGAAGCCGGAGCCGGAGCCGGAGCCAGAGCCGGAGCCGAAGCAGGAACAGGACUCACUGGAACCAUCCGCAUGAAUGUGUAGUGGAGAGCACCCAGCCAAAUACCACGGGCAUUAGUGUCGGGCCACGGCCCGGCACCUCGGGGCGUGUUGGGAAUCGGACCAGCCCCGGUGCUUCUAAUAAGAUUUCGCCUGGCUGCGUGACGGACUGCAGCGGUCUGUUUGUCGGAACGACGGCGUGCACCGCUGCGGCUUUAGUAGGUGGUCGUGGGACGUACAGCAUCAUAAGAUGGGGCAUUGGAAGCCGUCGCGGUGUUCCGUGUGUAAGAUAAGUAAUUUUUAAUAAAAAUGAUGCAAAAUGA